AUGUCGAUAGAAGAGCCUCUCGGAAAGAAUCUAGGGUGCUCGAUCGUGAAAAUUUACGUCGGCAGCACUAACACCGAGUUCAUCGUCCAUCAGAACAUAAUCUGCUCCGCAACCGAAUACUUUACGAAAGCCUUUACAGGGGCGUUCAAGGAGCGUAAUGGGACCAUACACCUACCAGAAGAAUGCCCCGAAGCAUUUUCGCUCUUUGUCGAUUGGCUAUACAGACGAAGGAUACUAUUAAUAGCGAAGCAAGCCCAUCUCAAUACUCUGGUUAAGCUCUACGUUUUCUCUGAGAAGAUAUGCUUGACUCACUUGUCGAAUAAGGUUAUGGAUGGCAUACGAAUAAUGUGUGGCAAGUAUAAAGAGGCGCAAGUUACCACUGCGAUGGUGGGUUAUGUCUUCAAGAAUACCUUUUUGGACUCACCUCUGCGAACCUGGGCAUUGAGGGAUUGGGUUAACCACUUGGACCCGACCCUCAACUCCGGAAUUCCAGAUGCUGCGACCACCAAAGACUUCGCCAAGCUCUGUACAGAAAAUGAAGAUUUCCUGGAGGCAUACUUUUGCUACAUGCGCACAGCAGCCAACGGGAAAUUUCCUAUCACUCGAUCGUAUGCGGCAAAGUGCAUGUAUCACCGACACCCCCUCAAGUCGAUGUGUUAUAUCGGUAAAGCGGAAUGGGUUGUCAAACCUGCUUGGGACUCAGAAUAA